AUGCUGAAUCCUGAUCGUGCAUCAGCAAAUGUAUUUGUGGGGCCUGUCAGGAGAGUGUACAAUCUAGUCGGAUUCUCCAAAAGUUACAACUUCGUCUUCUUCAUCUUUGCUGGACCACUGAUGGACUUCACCCUCGCUCGGUUCCAGUACCUCGAUUACUAUGGCAUACUGUGCAUCAGCCCAGGCAUUGGUGAAUGCUACUUCUAUACCAAGGGCAUCGAGGAAGUUGGCCUACUCAUGCACCUCUCCACUAUCCUCCCGGAGUCAUCCCUAGUUUGCUUCCAAUUUGUGCCCACGAUCAGGCACAAGAUCCUUCUCUUCCAUCAAAUCAACGGUUACCUCAUUCAUUCUUUAUCCCUUGUUAGCACUUUGGGGCUUCUAUGGCGGCCAGGCAUGCAUUUGGAGGCGAACUAG